AUGGCUACCGCAACUGAGUACGAAAGUGACGGCGAUGUCAUCAUGCAAGGAACGCACCAACCUGUGUUUGGUGGCGAGCGUCCAGAGGUGGCAAAGCGACCGGUAAAGUUAUCGAGCGAGCCAAAGCUGCUCGGAGUACUCUGCCUGUACGAGCUACAGAAGCCCGUCGAUGACGUGGGUAUGAAUGAGCUGAGGCCUCUAACCAGCCAACGAGUGCAUAGUCUGAAGAAUGCCCAGGUCCCAGACUUGGAGGCACUCUUCAAAAAGCAUUCGAACAUCGAUACGCAGGAGGAUGAUAUGGACGCGCGGCGUAUGAAGUUGCGUUGCGAUUUUCCGAUCGACAAUCUGAAGCCUGCAAUCCUUCGAGACGAAGCUCGUCAUCAUACUAGAUAUGUCGACCAAGGGGCGAAGCGCAACGACUUUGUCCUUUGA